AUGGCGGCUCCGUCUCCAGAGGAAAUUUCCGAUUGGGGUUUUCCUUUCGGCUUCUUUGAAAACAUUCCCGGCGGCGACCUCCCCAGUAUUGACCCCGGCUUCCAUCAAUCUCUUAUCCACAACAACAUCAAUGCAAUCUCCAAUUCAACCAGCGCUGGAUUUGAUGAUGGAUUUGAGAGUUUAGAGACCACAAAAGAAGCUGGCUCCAGAAAAAGAGCGAGAGGUAAUAUGUCCAAAGCACACAAGGAGAAAAUACGAAGGGAUAAAUUGAAUGAUAGCUUUCAAGAAUUGAGUUUUCUCCUUGAUCCUGAGAGGCCACCGAAAGUCGAUAAGAUUGCUUUACUUGGGGAUGCUAUUCGGCUGGUGAUUCAAUUGAGAGAUGAGGCUCAGAAGUUAAAGGCUGAGAAGAAUGAACUUCGUGAGGAUAAGCAAAAGCUAAAGUCAGAAAAAGAGAAACUUGAACACCAACUGAAAGCUUUUAGCACUCAGCAUGGCGUUUUAGCUCACCCUCCUGCUGGAAUAACUCCAUUUGCAACACCGCAUCAAGUAUAUGGCAGCAAGUUGAUUCCAAUUGUUGGUUAUCCUGCACCUUCAAUGUGGCAUUUUGCACCACCUGCUGAAGUUGAUUCUUCGAAGGAUCAAACUUUUGUGUCGCCAACUGCAUAA